GGCACCUAUGCACUAGCGAGAUGCAACCAACCUAGUCAUUAUGUGUAAUUUCGUAUGAUUUCUUACAUCUAAAUUUGGAUAAUAGUGACAUAAUGUCAGAGGACCAAAAAACUGUGUAUUUAUCGGCAUUAUUUGCUGGAGGAAGCGCCGCCCUCGUUGUUGAUUUAACCCUUUUUCCUCUAGAUACUUUAUCAACACGUCUUCAGUCCGCACGAGGCUUUUUUAAAACCGGGGGUUUUAAACAUGUAUAUAAAGGCAUAGGACCUAAAAUCAUAGGAAGUGCUCCAGAAGCGGCCUUAUUUUUUUUGACGUAUGAGAGUUUUAAGUAUUAUUUUGAACCGAGGGUGGACUCUAAUGUGUUACCAUUAGUUCACAUGUCUGCAGCCACAAUUAGUGAAAUCGUAGGCUGUUUAAUUGGAGCCCCAGUGGAGGUGGUGAAGCAGCGGAGACAAACUUCUACAAAUACAAAACACACCUCUCUCAGAAUUUUCAUGCAUGCUGUUAAAUCCGAAGGACUAAUAAAAGGCUUGUAUAGAGGAUAUGGUUCAAUGCUAACCCAAGAAAUUCCAUUUUCUUUAAUUCAGUUUCCUGUUUUGGAAUAUUUAAAAAAAGUAUACAGGCUCAGUUUUAAAAAUGACGUUCCUCUAGAUUCGUGGGAUGUAGCAAACUGUGGUGCCAUGGCUGCAGCUUUUGCUGCUAUUACAACGACUCCUUUAGAUGUCGCUAAAACCCGAAUUAUGUUGGCUGAUAAAAGAUUCGCGACGGACACAAUCCGGACUGUGUUGAAGCAAAUUUAUUACGAAAAAGGAUUUAAAGGUCUUUUUGCAGGGUUUACACCAAGAGUGAUGUUAGCAACAGUCGGUGCCUACGUGUUUUUCGGUACUUACGAUUUAUCAAAGAAUUUUUGCAACGAUUAUUUGUUAAAUCAUGACCUGUCGGUCAACUGGUAA